AUGAAUACAAACCAACAAGAAAGAAAACGAAAAACGGCACCUUCCUCAUCAUCAGAGAACACUGCAAGCAGCAGUGAGUCCUUUCCGACUGAAAGAGCUUGUAAAACCUCAAAAAUUUCCAUCGUUCCAUCCAAUUUCAAUGAAAAUCCGAAUCAAUUGCAAUUGCUUCCAAAUGAAAUGAUCUUGCACAUCUUGUCCUUUCUCGUCGGAGAUCAUCAGAAAAAUAGUAAAAUGGACGUGAGCACAAUUCCUGCAUUAGCUGAAAAAGCCGAAAACGAACGAUACUUUAAAACGGAACAGGUCAGUGAAAAGGCUCUUGUGUUUAUUCCUCCGUUUGAGAAUGUUGUUUCGUUGGUCCGAUUCACCAAAGCCAACAAACAGUUUUACCAAAUGAUCACUCAGCCUGCUGUUGAGCAUGACGAGGAAGGUGUUACUGAUUUUGAAGAACAUUGGCUAAAUGGCUAUAACUUUUUCUCCAAGCUACUGUACUGGAUUAGAACACGAAAUUUAGAGCGACUUGAAUUGAGCACUGGAGACAUGAAUAGUGAAGAAUUUAGAAGACUUGCCAAAGCUCAGAAUAUUAUUCAACAUGUAGAAAGAGGAAUGGCGAUGAAGUCAUUCGAAGACGCCUUUGAAAGCGAUAAUUGUUGGCUAGAGGGUUUGGAGGAUGAUCAAGAUGAUGAUACGGAACAAGAUGAUGAUACGGAACAAGAUGAUGACAAAUCCAUCUACAAGAAAAUAUUUAAAUCCCAAAAACCGAUAUAUAGCGAUGAAAAGGAGAGUCAAGAAGGAAUUAGAGCGCGAUUGGCACAAUUAGAAAUAUCUAUUGAGAAAUAUUGUUCACACUACAGAACAGGAGAUAAUGAUGCAUUUACCAUGUUUUUAGUUGUGUCACUAAUGUUGUCUCUCAACAUGUUUAACACGAUGGACUCUGAAGAGAGAGAUUUAUACUCAUCAGGUAGUCAAAUUUUACUCUCAAAGUGUUACCUUGAAAAUUGGAGCUUUGGAGAAGAACUAGCAGGUUAUUCAAAACGAGAAAAGAAAUCUAAUCAACAACAAACUUCUCCAAGCAUCGGAAUAUCUAUCAAAAAUCCAGGUGCUUGGGCUCGAUUUGCAACAAACAAUCAUAAGGACUUUACGUUUGAAGAAAUUUCAAAUUUACAACAAGUAGACACUGAAAACAUGCUGAAGAAGCUUUCCAAAUCGAUAUUUUUACACUUAGAGAAUGUUGUUUUCUUUAAGCCCCUGCAAAAUUUCGAAUUUCCAAACAGCAUCAUGUUUUUAAGUUUAGACUUGACCUCCACCAAGUCCCACUCGAUCUAUCCUGAAAACGAAUGGAAUGAUUUUCUUAAUGGAUGUACAUUUCCUGGGGUUAGAUACUUACGACUUCGUUUUGAUUGUUACAAUACAUGGUGGAAACCACAAGAGGAUGAAAAUUUGAAGGCAUUAAGUUCUAGCGAUUAUCAAAAACUAGUGUUAAAAGCAGUGUUAAACAAGGAACGGUUUCCAAAUCUACAAUAUUUGACAUUCAAUGGGUUUAAUGAAAUUCAAACCAUUCAUGAACAUCACGAGUUGUUAGAUCAACUUCUUGGGAUUGAAUUCUCGUUCAAUAAUGAUAGUCGAGACAAUACCGUUUGGAAACAAGCGGUCAAGAUUACUUCCCAACUCAGUGGUUCAGACAUGUUGAAAUAUGUCGUAGUUGAGACGGAACUUGAUCCAAGAAGAGUUAUUAACAUUGAUGGAGUGUUAGAAAAUUUUUACUCACUUCACAGGUGCCCUGCUUCGAUUGGAUAUGCCAGUAUUAGCAGAUUUUAUUAUAUUAGUGGAGAAUAA